GCGCCUCCAGCAGCUGCUCGGGCGGGCGGGCCCCUGAGCGGAGCCGGAGCCGGAGCCGGAGCCGCGGCCGCCGGGGGGCCCCUCCCUCGGUCCGUCCGAUCGUCCGUCGGUCCCGCCUUGGGUCCGUCCCCCUCCGGCCUCAACAGCCCCAGCCGCCGCGGCUCGGACCCCGGCCAUGUACGCCUUUGUGCGCUUCCUGGAGGACAACGUGUGCUACGCGCUGCCAGUGUCCUGCGUGCGCGACUUCAGCCCCCGCUCGCGCCUCGACUUUGACAACCAGAAGGUCUACGCGGUCUACCGGAGCCCCGAGCCCCCCGAGGCGGCGGCGCCCCCUGCGCCUGCGCCCGCCGGGGCCUCCUGGGGUGCGCUGCUGCCGCACAAGGCCCAAAUCCUGGCGCUGGCAGAGGACAAAACUGACCUUGAAAAUAGUGUCAUGCAGAAGAAAAUCAAAAUCCCCAAACUUUCCCUCAAUCACAUAGAAGAUGAGGAGGAGGUCCGGGACUAUGGCGAUGACGAUGGGGAGUUUAGACACAGUAAGAGACAAGAGGGGCGGAAGCAAAGUGAAUCAAGUGCCCACAAGAGCAUCGAGGCCGUGGUGGCCCGCCUUGAGAAACAGAACGGGCUGAGCCUGGUGGGCAGUGCCAGCCCUGAGGACAUCUUUGUGGACUCCUCCAAGGGUGUGGACGGCAUGGACAACAUGGACGAUGCCGUGGUGCCUCGGGCCCUGUAUGAGGAGCUGCUCAGAAGCUACCAGCAACAGCAGGAGGAGAUGCGCCACAUCCAGCAGGAACUGGAGAGGACUCGGAGGCAGCUUGUGCAGCAGGCCAAGAAGCUCAAGGAGUGUGGGACGCUGGUGUCGGAGAUGAAGGAGCUCCGAGACCUGAACCGCCGGCUCCAGGACGUGCUGCUGCUUCGGCUGGGCAGCGGUCCUGCUAUUGAGCUGGAAAAAGUAAAGUCAGAGUCCCUUGAACCCGAGCCGGAAUCACAGAAGACAUUCAGUGAGGAGGCAAACACGUCGGCCUAUUAUCCUGUUCCCGCCCCCGUUAUGGACAAGUAUAUUCUAGAGAAUGGCAAGGUCCACCUUGGAAGCGGGAUCUGGGUUGAUGAGGAAAGGUGGCACCAGCUGCAGGUCACCCAAGGGGACUCCAAAUACACUAAGAACCUGGCCGUCAUGAUCUGGGGGACAGAUGUGCUGAAGAACCGCAGUGUCACCGGUGUGGCCACCAAGAAGAAGAAAGAUGCCAUCCCCAAGCCGCCCCUCUCCCCUCACAAACUUAGCAUUGUCAGAGAGUGUCUCUAUGACCGAAUAGCACAAGAAACCGUCGACGAGACAGAGAUUGCACAGAGACUGUCCAAGGUCAACAAAUACAUCUGUGAAAAGAUCAUGGAUAUCAACAAGUCUUGUAAGAAUGAGGAGCGGAGAGAGGCCAAGUACAAUCUGCAAUAAACUGGGUUUUUCACAAAUGCGCCGCAGACUGGUCCUUGUGUGGUGCCUGACGCGGGGCCGCUGUGGCCGACACCGAAGCUGGUGGGCGAGGGUGGACGAGGGCGGUGUUUGGAGGGGCACUGGAACCCACGUGCUUCCCCGGCCAAGCCGGUCCCAUUGCCAGUCCGAGAUUCGUUCGGAGCCUUGAUCUUGGAGGCCGAAGACCUGGGUUCAAAACCCAGUGCCAGCACUUACAAGACCUGGGACCUUGGGCAAAUCACUGCAACUCUCCGGGCCUCAGUUUCCCCAUCUGUCAAAUGGGGAUAAUAAUCCUUGCACUACCUACCUCACAGGGCUGUUGUGAGGAAAGCGCUUUGGAGACUCGGAAGCGCUCUAGAAAUGAGAGCUUUUGUUAUCCGUAUGCCACCCGCCGCCCACAGUCGUGUUUGCUUUCUGAGGGGGAGGGGGAUGUGAGUCUGAGGGGGGAGGGCUGGGAGGUGUAAAGUGCUUGACUGGGAUUGGAGCUGAACUGUCUCACUCCUUCCAGGACCUCUGUUUCUAUCUCUGUUCGUAUGUUUUGUUGUAUAAUAAAGCCUCAUGAUUUCUUUGAAGAAUA